CAAACCAAUAAGAUCAUGGAUUUUCUACGAACUUUUGGCCACCCUACAUGACAAAGAUCUGUGCCUGUCAGUGAAAAGGAAUAUAUAUGAGAAGCUGUCCUCAUGUGAUUCCAGUCUACCAAGUGCCGAUUUCCCUCCAGUGUCUGUCUGCUUUUGGAUACUCGGGUAGAUCUACUGUCUUCAGGUAUCCAUUUUUUUCCAGCUAUAUUAAUCUUUUUUAAAAAAUGGAUUUCUUAAACUCAUCUGAUCAAAAUUUGACUUCAGAAGAACUGUUAAACAGAAUACCAUCCAAAAUCCUGGUGUCCCUCACUCUCUCCGGGCUGGCACUGAUGACAACCACCAUCAACUCCCUUGUGAUUGCUGCAAUUAUUGUGACCCGGAAGCUGCACCACCCUGCCAACUAUCUAAUUUGCUCCCUGGCAGUGACAGAUUUUCUUGUAGCUGUCCUGGUGAUGCCUUUCAGCAUCGUGUAUAUUGUGAGAGAGAGCUGGAUUCUGGGGCAAGUGGUCUGUGACAUUUGGCUGAGCAUUGACAUCACGUGCUGCACAUGCUCCAUCCUGCAUCUCUCUGCUAUAGCGUUGGACCGGUACCGGGCAAUCACAGAUGCUGUCGAGUACGCCAGGAAAAGGACUCCCAAGCAUGCUGGCAUUACAAUCACAGUAGUUUGGAUUAUAUCCAUUCUUAUCUCUAUGCCUCCUUUAUUCUGGAGGCACCAAGGGACUAGCAGAGACGAUGAGUGCAUCAUCAAACACGACCACAUUGUUUCCACUAUUUAUUCAACAUUUGGAGCUUUCUACAUCCCGUUAACACUGAUUUUGAUCCUCUACUACAAAAUAUAUAAAGCAGCAAAGACGUUAUAUCACAAGAGACAAGCAAGUAGGAUUGCCAAGGAGGAGCUGAAUGGCCAAGUCCUUUUGGAGAGUGGUGAGAAAAGCACUAGACUGGUCUCCACACCCUACAUGCUAGAAAAGUCUUUAUCUGAUCCAUCAACAGACUUUGAUAAAGUUCAUAGCACAGUGAAAAGUCACAGGUCUGAAUUCAAGCAUGAAAAAUCCUGGAGAAGACAAAAGAUCUCAGGCACAAGAGAACGCAAAGCAGCCACUACCCUGGGAUUAAUCUUGGGUGCAUUUGUAAUAUGUUGGCUUCCUUUUUUUGUAAAAGAAUUGGUUGUUAAUGUAUGUGAAAAGUGUAACAUUUCUGAAGAAAUGUCGAAUUUUUUGACAUGGCUUGGCUAUCUCAAUUCCCUUAUAAAUCCAUUGAUUUACACAAUCUUUAAUGAAGACUUCAAGAAAGCAUUCCAAAAACUUGUACGUUGUCGAUGUUAGUUUAAAGAAAGUUGAGUAUUAAAAAGUUGGGGAUUUUUUUCAGGUGAAGUAGCUAAAUGAAUGCUAAUUAAUAAAGCUUUUAAACUUUAGAAGGAAAUAAAUUAAAACUGCUAAAAUGAUAAGAAUAUAAUGUAUGCUUUAAUAGCAACAUGAACAAAACAUAAAAUUUUUCCAUUUAAAGAUGUUUCUUUUGACCAUCAUUCUAUAAUGCUCAAAAUUAGAAAGUAAUUUAUUGCUUAUAAACAAUAUUUUGCCUAUGCAAUGUUCCUAAAAGGCUAACUGGAAAUAUAUAUAUGUAUGUCUACAUAUACCCACAAAAUUAAUAAUACAGCUUUUUCAGGUUCAUGUCUUACAACAAUAAGAGUAUUCAAUUAACAGCAGAACUCCAUUCAUAAUUUCUAUAUAAUCUUAUUGUUUUAUUAUAUAAUUCUAUUAUUUUGUAAAAACUAUAAUUUACCAAGCACACAUUUCUCCUAACUAGCCACUCUUGUUCCCUUGCCAUCUUAUCCUGGGUAAAAGGGGAGUGGGGAAGGAGUUAAUAAAGACUCAUGUAAUGUUGUUGAAGGAAAUGUAAAAAGUCAGAGAUUGAUAUUAUCUUUGUAUUUAGAUAGUAAACAGCAAUCAUGAAGUGAGUUAUGUAUGCAAAAUAAUUCCAAACACUGAACUUAUGCAUAUUUAGCAUAUUCUUUUUGUUCAAUGAAUUCCUAGAAGAAUAUUUUCUUAACCAUAUAUCAUCAACAUUUGAAAUCAAAGCCUUACUCUAGUAGCAAUAAAUCAAGAGGGGUCCAGGGAGAGGUAUUCUAAUUGUCCAAUGUUUAUUUAUAAAUCAUAUUUAAGGCACCAGGUACUCUAGGUUGCUCACUACAGUUACUAUACUCCUUAUGUCUUUUUAAAAAUAUAAAAAAUAUUUCAUUUCUGCUAAUGUUAAUAAGGUCAAUCAUUAAUUAAAAUGUCCAUGGUACUUUGGCAGCUCCAUACCUUCAAUUUGAACAUUUUUCUUUCAUUACUAAGAAUGUGACAGGAACUCGUAGAACUUUCCACUGACUUUCAGAAAAAUUCCUGCUUUCCAACUAGUAGAGAUAAACAGGAAAUAUUCAUAUUAUGUUAACUAUAUAUUAUGUAUAAUUAUCUCCCAGUCACUCCGCUCAGUCAGUGAAUCAAAGCAAUUCCAUAAGUUUCUCUUCAAUAUUUAUAUAGGAAUUUAGAAACACAAGAACCCUACUUCUGAGAUUUCAUUUCAUUUGAAUUGGCAAGAUAAUAGACCACUUUUUGAAAGGCAUACCAUCAACUAAAAUCAUUUGAAAAACAAUGCAUUCUUUUUUUUUAAGCUGUACCUUUACGUGUAUUCUAAAUGUUCUUUCCUGCUUAGGAGCUUAAGAGUAUAUUACAUCAAUUUUUAUUUGUCUAUGACACAUUACUAUCAAUUGAACAAAUAUUUACAGAAUUCUCACUUUAAGGCAUUGAGAUGUACUAUAUAGAAGAUGCAAAAAAAAAUAAAAUACGGCUUCUCCCCUUAACAUGUUUAUAAUCUAAAAGGUGAAACAAAGAAAAAAAUGAACACUAUAAUAGAAAAGAAAAAACAAAGAUCUGGCAUGAAAGUUUAGGUAAUUAUGAUGGCAUGAUACUUUAUGUAGUAUCAGCAAAAUUUCAUAAAUAAUGUAAUGAAAAUAAAUAAUAAAUAAAUAGCAUUGGGCAAGAGAAAUGGAAUACCACACUCUAGGUGAUGGUAAUGUCAGAAGUUCAGACUGAGCAGUGAGGGUACUGGAGAUAAUGGCUUCUUGUUAGAAAGCAAAUGAAGAAUCCAGGCAAGAAGUGGUUGAAGUCCUGAACUUGAUUCUGGCAAUAAAGGAUGAAACAGUUGAGAGACAGUUGGAGGCAGAAUCUACAGGAUAUACUAAGUGUGUUAAUAAACAGACAGAUGGAGGAAAAUGAAAUAGAAACACUGAGAUACUUGUCCUCAACUGAAAUCGGGAAUUCAAGAAAAAGGGCCUAUUGGUGCAGUGAGGGCUUCUGUUUGGGUAUCUGAAGCACACGAAGACAUGUCAGAGCUCACAUGCACUACUGAACAGGUUUGGCUCAAGUAAAAUGCACAGUGAAGUGAGGUUGAUCUAAGGCUCCUACCUACCUCUUUUGUCCUCUUCUCUUCUCUUUAUCUCCCAGGGCCCUUAGUGCUGGGUUGACAGUCCAAAGCCUAUUCUUGUCCCCAUCCUUCUCCACUUAUUUCUCUUUCCCUUUCUCACCCAAAUUUGGUUCUAUGAUUUAUUUAGUCAGAGUCCUUGCUAAAGAGACAAACAUCUGUUGAUUUAUUUACAACCACCUUACAUGUCUAUAUAGUUAUAUUGGAGAACUCUUAAGAGACACAGCCCAUCAACCUAAGGAACAAAUCUCAAGCAGAGAGAGGUUUACCCAAAUAUACAAACUACCCUUACUCUGAGUUAGAAUGAAGCUCAAAUCUAGGGAAAUAAUACUGUAAGUGACAGAGGAGACAAAAGACAAGUCUCCUUUCAGAGCUCUGAGGAGAAUCAAGUUUAUUAUUUCUGUGUGUACAAAGCGUUUUUUAAUUCAAAAGGGCCACAACACAUUACAGUAAUGAUCACUUCAUCAGUGUGUUUCUCCUACAUGGAAGGUAUAGAUCAUGCCAUCCCUUAUAAACAACUGUGAUUUCUCUUCAUUAUCUCUACAUAGUAGGUAAUGUUAAUAAUCUUCAAUUUGCACUUUCUUUGACAUGUAUGAAGAACAGAUUACACAUAAUAUACUUCCCUGAAUCAUGACUUAUUCGCAAUAAAAACGUCCCAAGUAGCUAAAAGCUGAACAUUUUUACAGAAAAAAAAUGUAAUAAUGCACAAGAAAAAACACUACCAAUUUAUAUAAGGAUAUAAAAUGUAAAAAAAAACUACUUAAUAAAGGCCCCCUAUUGCUCAUUACAUUGCAUCCAGACUCUCUCUCUUGGCUUUUAGGCCUUAAUAACAAAAGAUACCGCUCUCUGGAAUAUCAUAUUUCCCGCUCUGCUCCCUAACCACAACAAAUGCCCCCCUCUGCCAUCCUGUCCCUCUCUUCACUGUCCUCUCCGCGUGCCUUGCUCAUUCUUGUCUCCGUUGCUCUUUUAGCUAUUUUUUUCCUCCCACCUCAAGUGCUCUUCACCUCCUUUAUGGUUUAAGCAAUUAUCCUUCAAAGCACAGAUUAAAUUCCACUUCCUCCUUAAAACUGAAUUCAUAUUCAAUUUCAAUAUUGUGAAGAACAAUAUUGUAAUCAAUAAUUCCUUAUUUGUUUUUAGUAUCACUAAUUUCUUCAAGAGUGUUUGGUUUUUAUACCAACUAUAAACAGUAUAUAAGUUACUCGAAGGGUAUAUGCUUAUUUCCUUAUAGUCUUUUCAUACCUAUUUUAAAUAUUUUUGAAUAGUGAUCUCCUUCUGUAAGUGAGCCUGGUCCAUUUCACUGUGUCAUAGUA